AGCCGCUGCCGCCGGCCGGGCACCGAGCGAGCGAGCGAGCGAGCGGGAGCCGCCCGCGCCGCGCCGAUGGGGCUCCUCCUGCUCUUCUGGGCGUGUGCGGCCGCCGCCGGGACAGCUGUAGGAUUUGGAAUGGAUCCUGACUUACAAAUUGAUAUCAUCACGGAACUGGAUCUGGUGAAUACAACGCUGGGGGUAACACAAGUGUCAGGACUGCACAAUGCCAGCAAAGCAUUUUUAUUCCAAGAUAUGGAAAGAGAGAUCCACGCAGCGCCCCACGUGAGUGAGAAGUUAGUUCAGCUCUUCCGGAAUAAAAGCGAGUUCACCUUUCUGGCCACCCUGCAACAAAAGGCAUCGACUUCUGGAGUUAUACUGUCCAUCCGAGAGUUAGAGCACAGCUACUUUGAGCUGGAGAGCAGCGGCCUGCGGGAUGAGAUCAGGUUCCACUACGGCUUCAGCGGGAAGGCGAGGACGGAGGUGUUCCCCUACCGCCUGGCAGACGGGCAGUGGCACAAGGUCGCCGUGUCACUCAGUGCGUCACACCUGCUGCUCCACGUGGACUGCAACAGGAUUUAUGAACGUGUCAUUGAUCCCCCAGAAACAAAUUUGACACCUGAAAGCAAUUUAUGGCUGGGACAGAGAAACAGGAAACACGGUUUCUUUAAGGGUGUUAUUCAAGAUGUGAAAGUCAUCUUUAUACCUAAUGGAUAUAUAACACAGUGUCCCAAUCUGAAUCGCACAUGCCCAACCUGCAGUGAUUUCUUAAGUCUGGUGCAAGGAAUCAUGGAUUUGCAAGAACUCCUGGCAAAAAUGACUGCAAAAUUAAAUUAUGCCGAAACAAGACUGAGUCAAUUGGAAGACUGUCACUGCGAGAAGACUUGUCAAGUAAAUGGAUUGAUCUACAGAGACAAAGACUCAUGGGUUGAAGAUGAUCACUGCCGGAAUUGCACUUGCAAAAGCGGGGCUGUGGAGUGCCGCAGGAUGUCCUGUCCCCCUCUGGAAUGCCCUCCCGACGCUCUCCCCGUGCACGUGGACACUCAGUGCUGCAAGGUGUGCAGGGCCAAGUGUAUCUAUGGAGGCAAAGUGCUAGCAGAAGGUCAACGAGUAUUAACCAAGAGCUGCAGGGAAUGUCGAAAUGGAGUUCUGGUAAAAGUAACUGAGACUUGUCCACCACUGAACUGCUCAGAAAAAGAUCACGUUCUUCCAGAGAACCAGUGCUGCAGUGUCUGUCGAGGCCAUAACUUCUGUGCAGAGGGACACAGGUGUGGUGAAAACUCAGAGUGCAGGAACUGGAACACAAAAGCUACCUGUGAAUGCAAGAACGGUUACCUGUCUGUCCAAGGGGACUCUGCGUACUGUGAAGACAUCGAUGAGUGUGCAGCCAAGAUGCACUACUGCCACGCCAACACCGUGUGUGUUAACCUGCCCGGGUCCUACCGCUGCGACUGCGUCACGGGAUACGUCCGUGUGGAUGACUUCUCCUGCACUGAGCACGAUGAGUGUGGCAGUGGGCAGCACAGCUGUGAUGAGAAUGCAAUCUGCACUAACACCAUCAGGGGACACAGCUGCACCUGCAAACCCGGCUACGUGGGCAACGGGACCAUCUGCCGAGCAUUCUGUGAAGAAGGAUGCAGAUAUGGAGGAACCUGUGUAGCUCCUAACAAAUGUCUCUGCCCUCCUGGAUUCACUGGAAGUCAUUGUGAGGAAGAUAUUGAUGAGUGUGCAGAGGGGAUCAUUGAGUGUCACAACCAUUCACGCUGUGUUAACCUCCCAGGGUGGUACCACUGUGAGUGCAGAAGCGGUUUCCAUGACAAUGGAAGCUACUCUCCUUCCGGGGAGUCCUGUGGUGAUGUCGAUGAGUGUGCCUUAAAGAUCCACACCUGUUGGAAUGAUUCAGCCUGUGUGAACCUGGCAGGAGGCUUUGACUGCCUCUGUCCCUCCGGGCCCUCUUGCACUGGAGACUGUCCCCACGAAGGUGGCCUCAAGCGGAAUGGGCAGGUGUGGACGCUGAGAGAGGACAGAUGCUCCGUUUGCUCCUGCAAGGACGGGAGGAUCUUCUGCCGGAGAACCGCCUGUGACUGCCGGAGCCCCAGCGCUGACCUCUUCUGCUGCCCCGAGUGCGACACGCGCGUCACCAGCCAGUGCCUCGACCAGACCGGCCACAAGCUCUACCGCAGCGGGGACAACUGGACCUACAGCUGCCAGCAGUGCCGCUGCCUGGAAGGAGAGGUGGAUUGUUGGCCUCUUCAGUGCCCGACCCUGAACUGCGAGUACACAGCCAUCUCAGAAGGAGAGUGCUGUCCUCACUGUGUCAGUGACCCCUGCCUGGCUGACAACAUCACCUAUGACAUCAGGAAAACCUGUCCGGAUGGCUAUGGAAUCACGAGGCUCAGCGGCGCUGUAUGGACGAUGGCGGGAUCUCCCUGUACGACCUGCAAAUGCAAGAAUGGGAAUGUCUGCUGCUCGGUGGAUUUAGAGUGUCUCAACAAUAACUGACCCGGUCAGACCGGACUGUGCGAGGGAGGAGAACUGCUGGAGCUAACACCUGAGAGGAGGCCGUGGGCACUGGCGUUUUGUACAACAGACAAUUACCAAAGUCUCCGAGCGAGGAAGAUGUUUGGGAGUUGCCUUUGGGACCUGUCACUACGCUCAUCCUUGCUAGCCUUGUCCAGGGCGACUUCCAGUACAGCGCAUAGAGAUCAGUGGUUGCUACGAGUUUUCAGUGUUGUAAAUGACACACCUUUCCUGUCAAGAAAUUUGCAAAUAUGUUUAAAUUAUUUCCAUGGGUAAUACUAAUGCUGUAUUUUUGGUUUAAUUUGUGUAUUGGCAACAUUGAUAGGAUUCAGCUCUUCUUACUUUGAAUCUAGAUUUUACAGAUAAGACAGCCUGUUGUGAUUUUGUCCCAUGAGAUCACAUACUUGGUUCCAAGGUCCCUGUUAGAUGUAUUUAUGAAAAUAUGUAUGUAUGUACAGUCAGAUUGCAUAGUACUUAUAUUUCACAGCUGUCCAACAUUUUAAAGCAUUCGGAGGUGUGGACAAAGUGAAAGUAAUCAAAAUAAGUCUGUCUUAAACUAUAACAUUAAAUGCCAUGAACUGAAUGAAAUGGCAGAAUAAGCACUUUCUUCUCCCAACAUGCAGAGCAGCGACGAGACUUCUGUAGUGAGAAAUGGAACUGAAACCACAUCCCACUGCUAAUUCAACACAUAUUCGAGAAGGAAUCACCGGUCAUUAUCAGUAUUCUGUUGAGCAUAAUUCCUCUGGAUUAUACAGCACUAAAACAGUCAGAGACCCUUAGGGUGAUAUCGUUUGAGUAUAGUUUAAGUUAAGCAUAGUAUAGUUUAAUUUAAGGAUAAUAUAGUUUAAGUUGAGUAAGGUUAGAAUUUGCUUGCAUUUGUAGCAUCAUUGAUGAGUUCAGAACUUUUCCUCUUUUGUGUUUACAGUGAUAGCGAUGUCCAUCAUCCUCAGUCACUGCUGCCAUAGUGACAAAGUUGCAGAGACACCUGUUCCAGCCACGUGAAGGGCAGGGGACCUUAAUGCUUGGUAAUUUCCAUUGCCAACAGCUCAGAAACAGAUUUUAUCUUUUCAUAUUUUAUGACAUUCAAAAAUACUUAAAUUUUCUGCGUUGUUGAGGACCUAAGUUUAGACAGGAAUUUAAAUCAAGAGUCUUAGCCCUAUAUGGAGGUUAGAGCUUAGAUUCUCUUCAGCUAAUGUGGAUUUUUUUCAUGAGGCUAGAAAGUUUGUGGCAUUAGAACAAGAAUAUAUUUCUAUGGCGAUGCAUCUACAGCUUAAAUGUCACAAUUUUAAUGUGCUGUUGUGUUUUGUUCUGCUCAUUUGUGUAGUGUUUUUUGGUUUUUAUCUCUGUUUAUUUAAUUAAACACACCGAAUACAUGGAAAAGAUUGCAGAAAUAAGUAUAGUGGCUACGGUUUGGAAAGUCUACAUUUGUGAGUUCUUCAUAGUUUCAUGCAGAAAAUGUGAAACUGAUUAAUAAGAAAGAAGUGUUGACUAUACAGUGAAAAUAUUAAUUGUCUUUUAAAUGAGGUACUAUUAUAAGGGGACAGUGGCAAAGAAUAUAAAAUUACUUUCAGUCACUCAGAUAACUUUAUUCCAAUUUUUUAAACAGGUUUUGUUUUAGUUAACAGCUUUGUGUGGUACAGUUAAAUUUAUUUUCUUAAAAUGCCCCCGUCAUUUUCAGCUAAUAAUGUAUCGACUCUAUUUGCAUUGCCCUGAUGAUUGUAUAAUAAGGGAAAGAGUUGUGUUUUAUAUGAUACUCAAAGGAUGUUUGUAAAUCAUAAUGUCAGCUCAUUUUGUAUAUCACAUUGUAAAACCCAAUGGUAAUUCAGUUGGAUAAGAUACCCAGUGGGCUGAGCUAUGAAGGGGAAUGAUUUAAAAUUUGUGGGCAUCUAAAUAAACUCCUAUGUACA